AUGAAACCCCUCCUACACCGCCUCUCCACGGAAUUAGGCCUCACGACCCUCCUGGCCUCCUCCCGGGACACAGACCUCCUCCUGCUCACCCGCUUCAUCCGCAUGUUCGCCUACGGCUCGUCCACCCUCAUCCUCGCCCUCUUCUUCGCCGCCCUGCACCACUCCGACGCCAAAAUCGGCCUCUUCAUGACCCUCACCCUCGUCGGUGACGUCCUCAUCAGCCUCUUCCUCACCCUCUUCGCGGACCGCCUCGGCCGUCGGAGGAUCCUCACCCUCGGCGCCCUGCUGAUGACGUUUUCCGGAGCGACAUUCGCCACGGUUUCGAAUUACUGGAUCCUGCUCCUGGCCGCUAUCGUGGGCGUGAUUUCGCCCUCGGGAAACGAGAUCGGGCCUUUCCGCGCCGUGGAGGAGUCGACGCUGGCGCAGUUAUCCGACCCGGCGACGCGCUCGGAUAUCUUCGCUCUCUACGUCGUGAGUGGGACUUUGGGCACCGCGAGUGGGAGUCUGGUGGCCGGGUGGGCGACGCAGGCGGUCCAGGCGAAGAAUGGAUGGAGUGAGCUUGCUUCGUACCGGCUGGUGUUCUGGAUCUAUGCUUUGAUUGGCAUUUUGAAAGCUGCGAUGACCAUGUUACUGAGUGGGAAAUGUGAAGCCGCUGCGGAACCUGCUACUCCUACUCCGGCGCCGACGCGACUUUCAAGACAGCAGCGGGACCAACAGAAUCAAUCGGAAGACGGAGAAGACGAACCAUUCCUAGACGACAACGAGGAACAAGAAGCAGAAACUCCUUCACCUCCACAACCAGCGAAAAAGCAAUGGUUCCAGCUAUCAAAGAAGUCACAGCUGACGUUGGCAAAACUCUGCGGCCUCUUCUUCUUCGACUCCCUCGCAAGCGGAAUGGUCCCAGCCUCGCUAAUCGCAUACUACAUCUCAAGAAAAUUCGGAAUGGAACAGGGAACACUAGGAACAAUCAUGGCGAGCGCGCAAUUCGUCUCCAGUCUCGGCAACAUCUUCGCAAGCUCGGUGGCGAAAAGAAUAGGAUUGGUUCGGACGAGUAAGUCAACUCGGUUAAUCUCCGCUUCAUCAUGUAUCUAUCUGUGUACUGACAUACACCCACAAACAGUGGUCUUCACCCACCUUCCCAGCGCAAUCUUCCUCGCUCUCCUCCCGGCCCCAUCCUCACUUUUCAUGACAAUCCUGUUGCUAGUAGCAAGAUCCAGUCUCGCAUCAAUGGAUCAAGCACCACGCAGCGCUUUCCUCUCGGCAGUCGUCCUGCCCGAGGAACGCACAGCCGUCAUGGGAAUCGUUAAUACCGUGAAAACGAUGAGCCAGAGUUCUGGUCCUCUAAUCACCGGACUUCUAGCUAGCGAUAAGCGCUUUUGGAUCGCCUUCGUGGUGGCGGGAACUUUGAAAGGGUCGUACGAUGUUGCGAUGCUGAGUAUGUUUGCUAGCACGCCUCUGGAAGGAGAGCGCAGGAGAGAAACAGACUCGCCUCCAGAGGAGGAGGUAUACGCGCUGGAGGAUAGUGAUGACGAGGAAUCGGAAGGUCAUACACCGGCUCCAAACAGAUAA